CCUCCGCCUUUCGGGGCCCGGAUGAAGAGUAACGCCAUUAAGACCGGAGCUGCCGGGGGCACUCGCGGACGCAGAGUGGGGCUGGGCUCGCGAGCUGCCGCGCCAUGAGGCUCCUCCCUCGCUUGCUUCUGCUUCUCUUGCUGGUGUUCCCAGCCACCGUCCUGCUCCGCGGAGGCCCGGGAGGCUCAUUAGCUGUGGCUCAAGAUCUUACAGAGGAUGAAGAAACAGUGGAAGAUUCAAUAAUUGAAGAUGAAGAUGAGGAAGCUGAAGUAGAAGAAGACGAACCCACAGAUUUGGCAGAAGAUAAAGAAGAAGAAGAUGUAUCUGGUGAACCUGAAGCGUCACCAAGCGCAGAUACAACUAUCCUAUUUGUAAAAGGAGAAGAUUUUCCAGCAAAUAAUAUUGUGAAGUUCUUGGUAGGCUUUACGAACAAGGGUACAGAAGAUUUUAUUGUUGAGUCCCUAGAUGCCUCGUUCCGCUAUCCUCAGGACUACCAGUUCUACAUCCAGAAUUUCACGGCUCUUCCUCUGAACACCAUCGUGCCACCCCAAAGACAGGCUACUUUUGAGUACUCCUUCAUUCCUGCAGAGCCCAUGGGUGGACGGCCCUUUGGUCUGGUCAUCAACUUGAACUACAAGGAUUUGAAUGGCAAUGUAUUCCAGGAUGCUGUCUUCAAUCAGACUGUUACCGUCAUUGAAAGAGAGGACGGGUUAGAUGGAGAGACGAUCUUUAUGUAUAUGUUCCUUGCUGGUCUUGGGCUUCUCCUAAUUGUUGGCCUUCAUCAACUCCUGGAAUCCAGAAAGCGUAAGAGACCCAUCCAGAAGGUGGAGACGGGGACGUCAAGCCAGAACGAUGUGGACAUGAGCUGGAUCCCUCAGGAGACCUUGAAUCAGAUCAUGCAGAGUAGAAGAGACAAAGCUUCUCCACGAAGGGUGCCCCGGAAGCGGGCGCAGAAGCGGUCGGCGGGAUCUGACGAGCGCAGGAAGAGGGAGACGCACUGAUGGCCCCACUGCCUCUGGAAGGCCCUGCACCCGUCCCUGGGUCCCCAGGCCAGUCCUGCCUUCUGCACUGCGAGGCUGCUGUGGAGCCUUGGACAGCACCAGCGGGUCACUGCUGGGGUGGCAGAGGAGGAGGAACAGCUGCUGGGUCUGGAAGGAAGUCAGGCCCUGCUGUGGACUGGGGACUCCUGGGGCCGCAGACGCUUGCCCUGGAGAGCAAGGCCUUCAGGCCCUGGAGAGCAAGGCCUUCAGGCCCGAGCCAGGAGGCGGUCUGGCCUCAAGGUGCUGCCUGAAGGCACAGGCUCAGCCUCCUGGGCCUUUCCUUGUGUGUGUGUGUUGGGGGGGGGGAUGCCGCCUGUGCUGCACCCAUUGGGCUGAAAUAAACUGG